CUUCUUGUCCUCGUUCGACAGCUGCUACUAAAUGCAAAGUAGUGGAACCCCCUGCCAUCGUGCACACUGAUGCAAAAAAACGUCCUUCAGGACACAGCACAGGGGCGGAGUCAGAUGUAGGCACGGCUGGAUCACCAUAUAAGGAAGCUCACAGCCAAAAGAAGCAAACAUUUUCCAAUAAUCCAGGUUGUCGUGGGCUUUAAUCCAAGCAUUGAAGACAGCUUUGGGUCCAUUUAACAUCACAGUCAAGAAGAAGGAACACGAAUCAAGAGAAGAACUCUCAGAACAUGCCGGAAGGCAACAGCACUGGACUGGAGUCGGUCUUAGCCUCGCUGGUCCAAAAGUACGUCAGCAACAUGACGGCGGAUGUGAGCAGCAAACCCCAGCGUGAAGAUGACACUAUGGGCGCUCUGUACAUCCUCCUGAUGAUGGGCUUCUUCAGUUUUUUCACGUUUGCCAUCAUGUUCAGCUACAUCCGUUCCAAGAAGCUGGAGCAUUCGAGAGACCCUUACAACAUGUACAUCGCCACCGACUGGCACGAGGGCAAAGGGCCCUGCUACAUCAUUCAGAACAGCAUGGUGGUAGAGAGGCAGGACCAGGUCAUCCCAGGCUGAGAAAAUAAAACUGAGAGAACAAAAAGGAGGCAAAAUCCAAACGUAGACGCUCACCCCUCCUCUUUGUCAGUGGUCCUCUCAUUCAUGAACCCCCCAAGCUGUUUUUAAUGUGAAUGCUAUUUUUUAAAUCUCCUUUAUUAUUCAUAAUGUUUCCAUUGUUUGAUUGCUUUGAAGGUUAAAAGACACUUGGAACAAUUAGAUAAGAGGGUCUGAUGUACCUAAACACACUUAUAUUAGAGUCCACCAAGCAACCUGAGCCGGGACCCUCUGUGAUAUUCAUGUGUGAACGCCUGAGACUGGAAUCACACAGACGGACUACUGAGUCAAAGACCACCUAGUGUUGUACUGGCAUUCACUUCUGAAGUCCCCAAUCAGUAAACGGUGGCACAGCUCGAGUGCCGUGUCUUGGGGGAACUCUGCACCUUUGGCCUCU